AUGUCGAGAAUAUUAAACCAUCAAAUGAGGUCAUCCCUCAGAAAACCAUCAUAUACAUGUGUAGAUAAAAGAGCAGUUGCUUUUUCAAUUUACACUGGUCGUAGUUUAUUAUUUCACAAGCCAAUAGACCCUAACCUUAUACCUAGGAGAAAGUAUGGAAUGUUAGUAGCUAGAGCUGUGAGAGGAGUGCUAAAGAUUAGGUACUUAUUACUCGGUGGAGCUGUUGGAGGUGGCAUGACAUUAAAUAAGAAAUAUGCAGAAUGGAAAGAUGGUCUGCCUGAUAUGGGUUGGCUAAAUGACUUACUACCAGAGAAAGAACAGUGGGAUAAGUUUACUACCACUUUGAUCAACGCUAAAGAAAAAAUUGGUGACCAACUGCAAAUAGGUGUACCAAUGACGCUGCCGCUACUCGCAGAUCCCCGACUGCGAGAGGCGGGGAUGUCCCGAGCGGCAGAGCUGAGGGAGUGGCUCGCUCAGAGAUAUGAGGAUGCUGUGGCUGCGGCUGCUGUGAACACUACUAGUAAUAUAGAACCGGCGCCAAAGAUCGUGAACAAUUUGCAAAGUAAACCCGCUCCGAUGUCCACUGGCCGGUCAGCUGCUGAAGAAACGGCUGCAUACGAAAAACGAGUACACGCCCUACAAGAAGAGGUUCUAACGCUACAAGCCAGGUACCAACGUGAGUUGCAGCGUCUGGAACAGGAGAAUAGGGAGUUGCGACAACAGAAUAUGUUGUUAAGGCAAGGGAGACAACCUUCCACCAAGAAAAUGAAGCGGUCCCUGAUCGACAUGUACUCGGCGGUGCUGGACGAGCUGGCGGGCUGGGAGGCGGGCGAGGCGGGCCGCCUGCCGCGCGUCGUGGUGGUCGGCGACCAGUCCGCCGGCAAGACCUCCGUGCUGGAGAUGAUCGCGCAGGCGCGCAUCUUCCCGCGCGGCGCCGGCGAGAUGUGCACCAGAGCACCGGUUAAAGUGACAUUAUCGGAAGGCCCCUACCACGUGGCACAGUUCCGGGACUCGUCCAGGGAGUUCGACCUGAACAAGGAGUCGGACCUGGCGGACUUGCGCAAGGAGGUGGAGCUGCGCAUGCGCAACAGCGUGCGCGGCGGCCGCACCGUGUCCAGCGAGGUGAUCGCCAUGUCGGUGCGCGGGCCGGGCCUGCCGCGCAUGGUGCUGGUGGACCUGCCCGGCGUCAUCGCCACGCAGACCGCCGACAUGGCCACCGACACCAGGGACGCCAUCAAGAACAUGACCAAGCAGUACAUGGAUAACCCUAAUGCCAUCAUACUCUGUAUACAGGACGGGUCUGUAGACGCGGAAAGGAGCAAUGUGACAGAUUUGGUAGCAUCCUGUGACCCUCAAGGGAAGAGGACAAUUUUCGUCCUCACCAAAGUCGACCUGGCUGAAGAGAACCUCGCUAAUCCAAAUAGGAUCCGACGUAUCCUGGAAGGCAAGCUGUUCCCGAUGAAGGCGUUGGGCUACUACGCCGUGGUGACGGGGCGCAGCCGCAAGGACGACUCCAUACAGAGCAUACGAGAGUACGAGGAGAGGUUCUUCAGCUCUUCCAAGUUAUUCAAGGCGGGGCUGGUGUCGGCGGCGCAGGUGACGACGCGCAACCUGGCGCUGGGCGUGGCGGACUGCUUCUGGCGCAUGGUGCGCGACUCCGUGGAGCAGCAGGCAGACGCCUUCAAGGCCAUGCGCUUCAACCUCGAGACCGAGUGGAAGAACACCUUCCCCAGACAGCGCGAGCUGGACCGCGACGAGCUGUUCGAGCGCGCGCGCGCGUCGCUGCUGGACCAGGCGGCCGAGCUGUCGGCGGUGCCGGCCGCGGCGUGGGAGCGGCGCCUGGCCGCCGCGCUGUGGGCCGCCGCCGCCGAGCGCGUGUGGGCCGGCGUGUACCUGCCGGCCGCCGCCGCCGCCGCCGCCGCGCACGACGACAUCGAUGUCGCCGUCCCACAUCAAGUGAAGUAUAAAAAGGCGGGCAAUAACAAGCCCGCCCCGACAUGGAUUGAUCCUUAUGAUAUAAAUUUUAACAAAUUCAACACAUCGGUGGACAUAAAGCUGCGCGAGUGGGCGGAGAGCGAGCUGGCGCAGCAGGCGGUGGCGGCGGGCCGCCAGGCGCUGCGCGAGGGCUUCGAGGAGCUGCUGGCCGCCUCCGCCGCCUCCGCCGACGCAGACCCCAUAUACGAGCCCCUCAAGCGCGCCGCCGUCGAGGAGGCCCUCAACAGGCACCAGUGGGAGGAGAGGGCCAGAGAUGUGCUGCGCGUGCUGCAGCUGAACGCGCUGCAGGACCGCUGCGUGCGCUCGCGCGCCGAGUGGGACGCCGCCGUCGCGCUCAUGGAGACCGCGCUGGGGGAGAAGCUGCGGGACGUGGACAGGGACCUCAGGGAGAUGACCGGCCCCGGCUUCCGCGAGCGCUGGCUGCGCUGGAGCUCCGGCUCGGAGGAGCAGCAGCGGCGCGACGCCGUGCGCCGCGAGCUGGAGCUGCUGGGCGCCGCGCGCCCCGCGCUGGCUUACGACGAGGUGGUGGCUGUGCGCGACAACCUGCGGCGGCGCGGCGUCGAGGUCGACAACGAGUACAUACGCGAGACGUGGAGGCCCGUCUACCUCAGAAACUUCCUACUACGUGCUCAGUCCCGCGCCCGGGACUGUAAGAAGAGCUUUUACCUGUACAGCCAAAGUGGCGCAGAGAAGGAGUGCUGCGAGGUGGUGAUGUUCUGGCGCGUGCAGGCGGCGCUGCGCGCGUCCGCCAACGCGCUGCGCCAGCAGAUCGCCAACCGCGAGGCCGCGCGCCUCGACCGCGACCUGCGCGAGGUGCUCGACGAGAUGGCGGCCGACCCAGAGUUGAAGAAGAAACUUCUGUCUGGAAGAAGAGUAGAACUCGCUGAGGAACUGAAACGUGUGAGACAAGUCCAAGAGAAGUUAGAAGAGUUCAUAGAAGCCUUAAAUAAGGAGAAA